AGUCCAGAUGCUCACACUUGGCACAAGUCUGGUCAGAGUGGAUACUAGCGUAGCUGGCCUCAGAGGACCCAGAGAGGAGGGUAAGAAUGCAGUCCGCGAAUCUGAAGAUCUGCGGAGUUUGGGACGGAGGGAUAGUGGGGUGGCGGAGGCAGAAAGCGGAGCAGAGAUGCAAAGAUGCCAAGAGGAAAGAAGACCUGACCCCGACAGGGGCCCUAAGCCAGAGGUUGGACCGGGGCUUGGGGCCCGAUCUCCCCAUCCCUCCUGUCCAUGCACAAAAAUUCAUUGCGGGGUAUGAGGGGCUGCAGGUCCCGGCCCCCAGCUCAGUAACUACUUUCUUUUCCCUGCUUCCUCUAGGAGAAGCAGUUCCUGAGGGGUUGGGGGUGAGGAGUGGAGGCUUUUGGCGAGCCCUGGGAGGUUGAAGCAUGCUCCGCGCAGAGGCACUGGUGCUCCUGGGAGCUCUAUUGAGUGGACCCCUGGAUCCAGCGGGCGGCCAGGACGCACACUCACUGCCCUGGGAAGUGCAGCGUUAUGAUGGCUGGUUCAACAACCUGAGGCACCACGCUCGCGGCGCUGCGGGCUGUCGACUGCAGCGCCUUGUACCAGCCCAUUACGCGGACGGUGUGUAUCAGGCUCAAGGGGAGCCGAUACUGCCCAACGCGCGCCGACUCAGCGACGCCGCUAUGCGGGGCAGAGCGGGGCACGCAUCCCACCGCAACCGCACAGUGCUGGGGGUCUUCUUCGGCUACCACGUGCUGUCUGACCUGGUGAGUGUAGAGAGACCCGGCUGCCCCGCGGAGUUUCUCAACAUCCGAAUCCCGCCGGGAGACCCCGUGUUCGAUCGUGACCAGAGCGGGGACGUGGUGCUGCCCUUCCAGAGGAGCCGCUGGGACCCCAAGACCGGACAGAGCCCCAGCAACCCCCGGGACCUGACCAACGAGGUGACGGGCUGGCUGGACGGCAGCGCCAUCUAUGGCUCUUCGCAUUCCUGGAGCGACGCGCUGCGGAGCUUCUCCGGGGGGCAGCUGGCGUCGGGGCCCGACCCUGCCGCUCCCCGGGGUCACACUGCCGCUCACCUCGUCCCCUGCAUCCGCACAUCGGAUGCAGCCUUCGGGGCGGAGCGAGGGAAUCGCGAGCCCUUCCUGCAGGCACUGGGCCUGCUCUGGUUCCGCUACCACAAUCUGUGGGCGCAGAGGCUGGCCCGCGAGCAUCCGGGCUGGAGGGACGAGGAGCUGUUCCAGCACGCGCGCAAGAGGGUCAUCGCCACCUACCAGAACAUCGCUUUGUAUGAGUGGCUGCCCAGCUUCCUGUGGAAAACACCCCCAAAAUAUACAGGGUACCGCCCUUUCUUGGACCCCAGCAUUUCUCCAGAGUUCCUGGCGGCCUCUGAGCAGUUUUUCUCCACCAUGGUGCCCCCUGGCGUCUACAUGAGAAAUGCCAGCUGUCACUUCCAGGAGAUCUUGAAUAAGGGUUUGGUCAGCUCCCCAGCUCUCAGAGUCUGCAACAGCUACUGGAUUCGGGAGAACCCCAAUCUGAACAGUGCCGAGGCAGUGAAUCAGCUGCUGCUGGGAAUGGCCUCCCAGAUUUCAGAGCUGGAGGACAGGAUAGUGGUUGAAGAUCUGAGGGAUUACUGGCCCGGCCCUGGCAAAUUCUCCCGCACAGACUACAUGGCCAGCAGCAUCCAACGUGGCCGAGAUAUGGGGCUGCCCAGCUAUACCCAAGCCCUGCUUGCCUUGGGGUUAAAGACCCCAAAGAACUGGAGUGAUCUCAACCCCAAUGUGGACCCCCAGGUGCUGAAGGCCACAGCUGCCCUGUACAACCAGGACCUGUCCCGGCUGGAGCUGCUCCCGGGGGGGCUCCUAGAGAGCCAUGGAGACCCUGGACCCCUCUUCAGCUCCAUAGUCCUUGACCAGUUUGUGCGGCUGCGGGAUGGCGACCGUUACUGGUUUGAGAACACCAGGAAUGGGCUUUUCUCUGAGGAGGAAAUUGCAGAAAUCAGAAACACCACUCUGUGGGAUGUGCUGGUGGCUGUCACCAAUGUGGACGCCAGUGCCCUGCAGCCCAAUGUCUUUAUCUGGCAUGAAGGUGCACCCUGCCCUCAGCCCUGGCAGCUCACAACCGAAGGCUUGCCACCCUGUGUACCUGUGACUGUGCUUGACUAUUUCGAGGGCAGUGGUCCUGGUUUUGGUAUCACCAUUGUGGCUCUCUGCUGUCUUCCACUAGUGAGUCUGCUUAUUUCUGGGGUGGUGGCCUAUUUCCGGGGCCAAGAACGCAAGAAGCUACAAAAGAAAGGCAAAGAGAGCAUGAAGAAGGAAACAGCCAAAGAUGGAGUGCCAGCGAUGGAGUGGCCAGGCCCUAGGGAGAGGAGCUACCCCAUCAGCAUCCAGCUGCUUCCAGACAGGCGUCUGCAAGUCCUGGACAGGCGUCUCUCUGUGCUGCGCACCGUCCAGCUGCGGCCCGCACAGCAGGUCAACCUCAUUCUGUCCAACAACCGUGGACACCGCACCCUGCUGCUCAAGAUCCCCAAGGAAUAUGAUCUGGUGCUGCUGUUUAACUCGGAGGAGGAGCGAGGCAGCUUCGUGCAGUAUCUGCGGGGCUUCUGUGUGCAGUGGACUCUGGGCCUCCAUGUGGUUGAGAUUGGUGAGAAUGAGCUGUUCAAAAAGGCUGUGACCAAGCAGCAGCGGGGCCGCAUCCUGGAGGUCUUCUUCAGACAUCUCUUUGCCCAGGUGCUGGACAUUGACCAUGCGUAUGCAGGGGCGCUGUCCCUGGACUCCUCACAGAAAGUGCGAGAGGCCCUGACGUGUGAACUGACCAGAGCUGAGUUUGCCGAGUCCCUGGGCCUCAAGCCCCAGGACAUGUUUGUGGAGUCCAUGUUCUCUCUGGCUGACAAAGAUGGCAAUGGCUACCUGUCCUUCCGGGAGUUCCUGGACAUCCUGGUGGUCUUCAUGAAAGGCUCCCCAGAGGACAAGUCCCGCCUGAUGUUCACCAUGUAUGACCUUGAUGCGAAUGGCUUCCUCUCCAAAGACGAGUUCUUCACUAUGAUGCGGUCCUUCAUUGAGAUCUCCAACAACUGCCUGUCCAAGGCCCAGCUGGCCGAGGUGGUGGAGUCCAUGUUCCGGGAGUCGGGCUUCCAGGACAAGGAGGAGCUGACGUGGGAGGACUUCCACUUCAUGCUGCGGGACCAUGACAGCGAGCUCCGCCGCACGCAGCUCUGCGUCCGAGGUGGGGGUGGAGGUGUUGGAGAUAUCUUUAAACCAAACAUCAGCUGUCGCGUUUCAUUCAUCACUCGGACUCCUGGGGAACGCCCCUGCUUCCAGGGAGUGGGGCUCUCUGCCUCAGAAGCCCCAGAGCUGGGAGGCCCUGGGCUGAAGAAGAGGUUUGGCAAAAAGGUGGCCGUGCCCGCUCCCCGGUUGUAUACAGAGGCGCUGCAGGAGAAGAUGCAGCGGGGCCUCCUGGCCCAGAAGCUGCAGCAGUACAAGCGCUUCGUGGAGAACUACCUGAGGCACAUCGUGUGUGUCGCCGUUUUCUCAGCCAUCUGUGCCGGCCUGUUUGCAGAGCGUGCCUACUACUAUGCCUUUGCCUCGCCAUCCUCGGGCAUUGCAGAGACCACCUUUGUGGGCAUCAUCCUGUCGCGGGGCACGGCCGCCAGCAUCUCCUUCAUGUUCUCCUACAUCCUGCUCACCAUGUGCCGCAACCUCAUCACUUUCCUGCGAGAGACCUUCCUCAACCGCUACGUGCCCUUCGACGCUGCUGUGGAUUUCCAUCGCUGGAUCGCCAUGGCUGCUGUUGUCCUGGCCAUUCUGCACAGUGCUGGCCAUGGAGUCAAUUUCUACAUCUUCUCAGUCAGCCCCCUCAGCCUGCUGGCCUGUGUCUUCCCCAACGUCUUUGUGAAUGAUGGGUCCCAGCUUCCUCAGAAGUUCUACUGGUGGUUCUUCCAGACAGUCCCAGGUAUGACAGGGGUGCUUCUGCUCCUGGUCCUGGCCAUCAUGUAUGUCUUCGCCUCCCACUACUUCCGGCGCCGUAGCUUCCAGGGUUUCUGGCUGACCCACCACCUCUACAUCGUGCUCUAUAUCCUGCUCAUCAUCCACGGCAGCUUUGGCCUGAUCCAGCUGCCCCGUUUCUACAUCUUCUUCCUGGUCCCGGCGCUAAUCUAUGUGGGAGACAAGCUGGUGAGCCUGAGCCGGAAGAAGGUGGAGAUCAGUGUGGUGAAGGCGGAGCUGCUGCCUUCAGGAGUGACCCACCUGCAGUUCCAGCGGCCCCAAGGCUUUGAGUACAAGUCUGGGCAGUGGGUGCGGAUUGCCUGCCUGGCUCUGGGGACCACCGAGUACCACCCCUUCACACUGACUUCUGCGCCCCAUGAGGACAUGCUCAGUCUGCACAUCCGGGCGGUUGGACCCUGGACCAUUCGCCUCAGGGAGAUCUACUCACCCCCAACAGAUGGCUGUGCCAGAUACCCCAAGGUACCCAGACCCAGGCCAGAUGUGUCACAUGCUCCCAUAUCCCCUUAGCAGGCUUUGGCCCUGCGGCACCAGACUCC